GCAAGAUGACGCGUCUCGGCGCGUUCCCCUGUGUCCGGUCCGACCUUCCUGCCCCGCAUAAGACACCCGCCUCUGGAGCAGCCGGUACCAGUGGAGUCCCGAGCCCCGGGAGUCCUCGCAUCGCUGUUGGCCAGAGCGACUCGGCGGAAAGCUAUGGAGGCACCAAUGGGACGAACUGUGUUAGUAUUGGCUAUUCUGGCGCCUCUAGUGGCACCCUACCAGAAACAGCUAUACAGUAAGUAUGGCAGGACACCUGCCAUAAUGAAUGAACCAUCGUUGAAGGACACUGAUAACGGCUUCUACAACCAUGGCCGUGACGAUGCGAUUCCGCAGACCUCUGUGUACACUUUAUAUGGGGAAGAUAAAGUCAAGCAUUAUGGUGAAUAUAAAAAUAAAGGUAAAGAAGAAUCGGGAAACAUCCCAGCCACGCUUGCCUCUAUCAACAGAAAGAAUAGCAACGAUAAUUAUAAGGGCACAGGCAAAAUCCUCUCCAAGCCCAAAAUGCCACACUCCGAUGAAUGGUCUGGUGAUGGUUUCGGGUCAAAGGUGGCCAAAAGGCUCCAAAGCACGAAUUAUAACUUCUCGGGUUCGACCUGGUUGGAAUCCAAGCUUAAGGAAAAGAACCCUAGGCUGCUUACUGUUGUAUAUCCCCAAGAAUGGACGCCACUCAAGAAUAACAUCACUUACAAGAUCGGAAAAGAUGCCGAGAAUCUCUACCAGGACAAGUCCAUGUGGCGCCGUAGUGCGGAUCUUGCACCAAAAAGGAUUCGCCGGAAUGAUCGUUGGUCCUCUAAUAUGUAUCCGUGCAGUAGGCAGUCUCCUGACAAUAAAAAUCCAGUUAAACCGAUGCCAUUUAUAUCCAAUAUGGGCUUGUGGAAGGGCAUCCCAUCGGCGAACCUCACGCCGAACCCAAAGGGCAGCAAGCAAAACGGCAACAAGCAAAAAAGCAGCAAGCAAAAUAGCAGCAAGCAAAAAAGCAGCAGUAGCAGCAAGAAAAAUAGCAGCAGCAAAAGCAGCAGUAGCAACAGCAGUAAGAGUAGCAGCAGCAGCAGCAGCAGCAGCAGCAGCAGCAGCAGCAGCAGCAGCAGCGAAGAAAAUGAUUAAAUCAAAGAAAAUGAUUAACCAAGCCUGGGUGUGGGAUCAAUGGAAGACAGAGAGAUCCGGUGACGACCUGCAGAAGUCUCAAGAAGUUCAUGACAAUCACACGUAAUGAUACAUCAACGCGAACUGUUGAGGCCAGACUCCUGGUUGGUGACUUCCCGUCGCAUGCUUGUAUUCUGCAGGUAGCCACACUUGCUGGUGUGUGACCUGUGCUUGCUUCUCCAACUCUCCGAGCCUGUAACAUCGCAGGAUUAAUGCCCCUACUAUUAAUAACAUUUUGACUGAGAAUGUUUUAUGUUGAUGUUUUCUGAAUAUUUCAUCAUUUUUAUUUACUCGUGUUUCUUCUAUUAUGUAUAGCAAUUUAAGUCAUUUUGUUUGUGCUAUAAUAUUAUAAUUGAGUUGGGUUAGAUUCUAAAUAAAGUUGAUAGUAGUGUA